AAGGGAAGCUUAAAUGAGUGAGAGGCAGGGGGCAGAAAGGAGGAGGAGUGACAGAAUGAUAGAGUGAAUUAAUUCAACCUUAGCCAGCCCUGAUUGACUCGGUAGCAAACUGGCAUGUACAAACAUUCACAGUGACACCGAAGCCACGGAGAGAGAAAAGAGGAAUGACAUGUCCUUCUCCAGAAAGAGAAGUUUCACUUUCGGGGCAUAUGGAGGUGUGGACAGAUUCACAUGUGGAGAUGAGAUGAGACCUGAAUCUGCAGAGGACAGCAUACUGGACAUCCUGGACUCUCCUGUCAAUGAGAGCAAGCCUUUCCUCUCUGCCGGCAGCAAUCAGAGGGACACAGAGCUGUUUGAAAUCAUUGAAAAGCUGCAGGGCAGCAGGAUCGAUGAGCAGCGGUGUGAAUUCCCUCUUCCUCUGAAGUCUCAGCUUUUAACGAUAGGUGGAGACCUGCCACUCAUCCUCCCUUCUAAGUUGGGGGGCUACUGGAUAGACCCCCCGCUGGAGAGGCUUGUAGAUUUGAGUCCCACCUCUCCCCACUGUGGCCUCAAUCCAGACAGCUAUGACAUCAUGGAGAGAGACGGAGAGGCCAAAAUCUACCACGAGUUCUUCCGCUCUCGAUACCAUCACUCAUUCACAGCAGUGGAUCCAUCUUUGGGGCCUCUGGUUCUAUCUGUGUGUUUGGAGGACGAGGACAACAAGCUGCGGGUGAUACUAAGGAUGAAGGAGUGCUCUCUGCAUGGACUUUUCUCUGUCUCUCUUUUCCCCAACAUCCCAUCUGCUGUUGAAUUAGCAAAGAUGCUCUGUGACAGAGUGACCGUCUCAAAGUUUGAAGUGGUCAGCUACCUCAAGGCUCCAGAACUCAUAACUGCGUUUGAUGAACACAGAGUGUCUCCUAAUUUCAAGUUUGGCAUUUUGUGCCAAAAGGACGGCCAGCUCACUGAGGAGGACAUACUCAGCAACAAUGAGGAAAGUGAAGAGUUUAAAGAGUUCCUGUCUAUUUUAGGAGACACAAUUCAACUGCAAGGCUUUACUGGGUUCAGAGGAGGACUGGAUGUGUGUCAUGGUCAAACAGGAAGUGAAGCCGUCUUCACUUCCUUUCAAGGCAGAGAAAUCAUGUUCCAUGUCGCAACUAAACUGCCUUUCACAGAGGGUGACCCACAGCAGCUGCAAAGAAAAAGGCACAUUGGUAACGACAUUGUAGCUUUGGUCUACCAGGAGGGCCAAACCCCUUUUCUGUCUGAUGUUAUCAAGUCUCACUUCCUGCACUGCUUCCUGGUGGUCCGGAGGAUUCAGAGGGCGGAGGAGACAGGUGAACCUUCGUACCAGGUGUCUGUCACAGCCAGAGAGGAUGUUCCUCCUUUUGGUCCUGUCCUCCCUGAUCCUCCCAUCUUCACAGAGCACUCUCUGCUGAGGGAGUUCCUUCUGACCAAACUCAUCAAUGCAGAAAUUUCCUGCUAUAAGGCUCAACAAUUCAGCAGACUAGAGCUCCGCACUCGCUCCUCGCUGCUAGAGAGCUUGCAGGCUGAGCUCUCCACCCGUUCGCAGUGCAUGAUGGGGGAUCCAGCGGCGGCUGCUCUCCCACCUUCUGAGGGUGUAAGGGGGUUGUCUGAGGGGAGUGGAGGAUUCAUUGAAAACUUUAAGAGAGCCAUAAGAGUGAGGAGCCACUCUUUUGAGACUCUUGGGGUACCCAGGAAGACUGGCAGCAGUGCAUCACUGAAGCCUAAGACAGAGAAAGAUGGCGAGAGUGACAAAUCUCCAGGACCUCUACCUGCUCUCUCUGACAGUUUGGUGCCAACUGAACUCAAAGAUCAAGCAAGUCCUCAAGAGGAAAGAUUUUAGACACCCAUAUAGUUAUUGACAUUGCUUGCGUAUAUGGCUACUUCUUUAUUAUUCUGGUGGACGGCUUGUAUGUAAAUAGUGAUUGUAGAUUGACGGCUUGUAUGUAAAUAGAUUGUAAAAGUUUCUGAGAAUAUAACUAUUUUACUGUCAUAGGAGGGAUAUUCUACAUUCAUGAAAAUCUUUAUAUUGUAUUUGAGUGACAUGUUAAACAUAUAAAACUGCCAGGAAAGGUUGAAAUCUU